ACAGUUCGUAAACUUUCCAAGCUGACGGAAAUCGUGAAAAUAGUGGUGAUUGCACUGUAGUUUUCGUCAAGAAGAGCUCAAAGCGUACAUUUUUUUUGCAAGAUGAAUAGGCUUUUCGGGCGAGGGAAACCAAAAGCACCACCACCGAAUCUCACCGAUGCUAUCGCUAACGUCGACAGUCGAGGAGAAUCCAUAGAGAAAAAAAUUAGUAAACUUGAUGCUGAACUUAUGAAGUAUAAAGAUCAAAUGAAGAAAAUGAGGGAUGGACCAUCUAAGAAUAUGAUCAAGCAAAGAGCACUCAGAGUACUAAAACAGAAGAAACAAUAUGAAAGUCAACUUGAGAAUCUCCGGCAGCAGUCUUUUAACAUGGAGCAAACAAAUUUUGCAACACAGACACUAAAAGAUACCAAAACAACUGUUGAUGCUAUGAAGUUAGGACUUAAAGAAAUGAAGAAGGAAUACAAGAAAGUGGAUAUUGAUGAAAUUGAGGAUCUUCAAGAUGACAUGGCAGACAUGCUUGAGAUUGCUAAUGAAGUUCAAGACACCUUGGGAAGAUCAUAUGGAAUGCCAGAAGACAUUGAUGAGGCUGACCUUGAAGCAGAAUUGGAAGCUCUUGGAGAUGACCUGGCUCUAGAUGAAGACACCUCCUACUUAGAUGAAGUUCCAGCUCCAUCAGAUACCUUACCAGGGGAGGGAGAUCAGGAAGGAACAAAAACACAAGAUGGAGUACAAGUUGAUGAAUUUGGCCUUCCAGUUCUAGCCAAAAAUUAGAUUCAAACACUGAUUAUUAGUAUUUAACUUUAACUGGUAACUCCAUUGCUAUGUGAAUUUGUUGAGUAUCCAUAGUAGCUAAUUUUAAGUUCCAAGAACAUUUUCCAUGGAAUUCCUUUCGGUGCUUAGUCCUUCACAAGCCAAGGUUGUAGCUUUAUAGCGGAUGCCAUGAUCUAGGCAUAUUCAUUUCCCAAGACUCCAUAAUGUUUCAACAGAAGUAAAAAUAUUGUGAGCCCAUUGUAAAAUAUGAUUUAAGAAAAAUUUUUUAAGUAACCUAAGGCUUGAUAAAAGUUAGGUAUGGGUUACACCUUUUAUGGUAAAUUAUUAUCCAUCCUACAGGAAGAAUAUUUUGCAUAAGGAGAUGUUGAAUUUGUACUGUUCACAAAAAUUUGUUGGUUUUCAUUGGUGUAUGAACCUGUGAAGUGCAACUCUGUUUGGGUACAACUGGUUUCCUAGUUUCUGUUGUUUUUCUAUUGCUUUGACUUCUUGUUUUGUUUGUUUUAUUUUACUAGUGAACUUAACAGGUUCAAAUACUAAGCUUGAGCCAAAUUUACCGUGAUAUGUAUUCAUAGUGUCUUGUAAUAUUGUAAGAAAUAGGUACAAUGACACAUAUCUUGUACAUGUUUAUGUAAAGCGGUUUUUAUUAUAGAAAGAAGAGGAAUGAACAUGAAUCUUGGUCAAGUGGGUUACGUCUAGUUGAGCUGAAGUUCCAUGUUGCGGAAAUUAGAAUAAAAAAUAGUUAGAUGGUGAUUCCACAGUCAUUAAAGGUACUUUUCCUCAAGUUUUACUCAA